CAAGGGCAAUAAAGCAACAAGAAUAAAACCCUAAAUCUUCACAAGUGCAUCUCCUCACUCUUCCGUCUAUAUAAGUCGCUGCUAAACCCCUACUCUUUCCAUCUCUUCAUAGUCCAUACGGCGUUUUAAGCUGCAGCUUGACCUAAAAGGAUUUUAAUUUGAUAAUUGAAAAUGUCGAAUCCAAAGGUUUUCUUUGAUAUUCUUAUUGGAAAGAUGAAAGCUGGUCGUAUUGUGAUGGAGCUUUUUGCGGAUGUCACCCCAAAAACUGCUGAAAAUUUCCGUGCUCUCUGCACUGGCGAGAAAGGGCUAGGAAGAUCUGGAAAACCACUACAUUACAAGGGCUCAACUUUCCACCGAAUUAUACCAGGCUUCAUGUGCCAGGGUGGGGAUUUCACCAGAGGAAAUGGGACUGGUGGAGAAUCAAUCUAUGGGUUGAAGUUUGCAGAUGAGAACUUCAAGCUAAGGCAUACAGGACCUGGUGUGCUGUCAAUGGCAAAUGCUGGCCCAAACACUAAUGGUUCCCAAUUUUUUAUUUGCACUGAUAAGACAUCGUGGCUUGACGGAAAGCAUGUUGUAUUUGGGAAAGUUGUGGAUGGCUACAGUGUGGUUAAGGACAUGGAGAACGUAGGUUCAGAUGGUGGAAGUACUUCACAAACUGUUGUGAUUGAAGACUGUGGUGAGAUAACAGAGAAUUGAUAAGAUGAUAUGGUGCACAUAAAAAUAGAAGUCAAUAACUGGCCACCGAAGUUCUUGACGUUGAAGAUUGCAACCCACGGUGCAAGAUUUUAUUGCUCUCUUUACCAUGGAAAGCUACACUGCAGAACUAUGUUUGAGGAGGAACUUGUCAAGUGAAUAUUUCGUUUGCACAGAAGGUCUAGGACAAAUUCCCAGAAAAGUUUAUGAUUGUUUUGUUGUUCAUCUGAAACUGGUGUCAAUCUGUACUUUGUACCAAAGUUGUCAAAUGGCAACAAACCCUUUCGGAAUAAAUGUCAGGAAAGAAGUUAUGUAA